UUUAGCGGAAGUUAAUGUCUUCUCAUGUGUUUCAACUCCUUUAAAGCAGAAAAAAAUACCCGUCUAUAAACUUUCUGUCGGUGUUUUGUGGACUGUCCUUCUCUUGGUAGAAGACACAUUGUUCCGACCAUAACAGGUGAACAUUUCCGCCUAAUUUUGUCUCGGUUCGUGAGACCGACCUGGUUCUGUCCAAACUGAGACCAGAGCCUCAAAAGACUGGGUUUGUCCUGGUGUGGAGGUGUUCUACAGCGUCUCCGUCCACGGCGUCUCCGUCCACUGUGUCUCCGUCCACGUGAUGGACCAGGACGGGGUUGUCUUCCACUGACACAAGAAGAAGAGCAGGAGGGGGUGGAGUCUCGUGAUGGAGCGCACUCAGUGUCUCCUUCUGGAUGAGGAGGCGGUCCGUCAGCUGAGCGACCACCAGAGGGCGGAGUUUAUCUUCUCAUGGCUGAGUCACCUGAAGAAGACCCUCCCCACCACAGACCGGGUUGCCAUCAGACAGAACCAGCGGCAUCUGGUGGAGCAGCUGUCGGCCGUUCUGAUUGGCUCCCCGGGUCCGCCCACCCGCUGGCUGCUCGCCCACUGCCUCGCCCUGCUGCUCCGCCUUGGAGACCCCCUCCCCGCCAGCCUAUUGGUCGAGAGGUGCAAUGACAUCAUCCGCAGCAAAGACGACUCUCCGUCAGGACUCCCGACCCGGCUUGCCGCCGUGGCCUGUCUGGGUUCUCUGUACCAACAGCUGGGGCGGAUGCUCAUCGCCUCCUUCAAAGACACGUUCUCCAACCUGAUGAAGGCCAUGAAGAACGCAGAGUCUCAGGGUCGGUAUGAGAUCAUGCUCUGUCUGGAGAAGAUCCUUUGUGGUUUGGGCGUCGGCGCCAUCUCCUGUCAUCGCGAUGUCUACAAGGCGGCGAGGACCUGCCUGACCGACCGCUCCAUGGCCGUCCGCUGCGCCGCUGCCAAGUGUCUCCUGGAGCUGCAGAGGGAGGCGGUCUUCCUGUGGACCUCAGAGUUGGACAACGUGGCCUCGCUGUGCUUCAGGGCCUUUGAAGGUUCCAGCUCCAGCGUGCGUGUGUCUGUGUCAGAGCUGUUGGGGACGCUGUUGGCUGCAGCCGUGGAGCCCCCGCCACAGCGCCUCGCAGCCCCCAGGCAGGGUGGGCGGGGUCGGACGUCCCUGGAGGAGGUGAUGGAUCUGUUGUUGGGGGGUUUCCUGAGGGGCGGGGCCGGGUUUCUGCGAGCCAGCGGAGACAUGUUGAAGGGGACGAGCUCCGUCAGCAAAGACAUCCGCAUGGGGGUCACACAGGCCUGUGUGGUCUUUGUCUCCUCCCUCGGUGCCUCCUGGUUGGAGUCCAACUUCUCCUCCUUCCUGUCCCUGCUCAUGGAGUUGGCAUCCCACGGUAAAGCAACUCAGACGGCGAGCGACGCCGUGGUGACGCGGCACUGCGUUUCCUUCAUCCUAAGGAGCACCCUGGGGUCUCUGCUGGGGGAGAAGGCCCAGACCAACGCAGCCAAACAGCUGUGUGUGUACGUGGCGGCGCACAAACGCACCAUCGACGCAGCCCUGAGCGACGGAAACGUGGAGAGCAGAGGUUCAUGUGCAGAUGUGUCGUCCAGUCAGCAUGUCCUGGUGUGUUGUCUGAUGGAGCUGGGAGCACUGGUCCAGGGUCUGGGGUCCACAGCAGGACCACUGGUGACAGACGCCUCCACAGGUCUUUUGGACUCGGUUGUCUCUGUCCUCCUUCAUCCUGCCUACUCGGCCCGUUUAGCCGCCGCCUGGUGUCUGCGCUGCAUCGCCAUGGCGAUGCCGUCCCAGUGUUCCUUGCUGCUGGACCGCUGCACCGAGCGUCUGGUGGCGCUGAAGUCGUCCCCUGAAGCCGUGUCCGGGUACGCAGCAGCUGUCACCGCCCUGGUGGCCGCAGUGCAGCAAUGCCCUCUGGGAAUUCCGAGCACCAAGGGGAAGGUGGUUCUGGGUCUGGCUGAAGACCUUCUCCGUUCCGCUGCUCAGAACAGUCGUAUCUCCCUCCAGAGGACUCAGGCCGGCUGGAUGCUCAUCUCCUCCCUCAUCACCCUGGGUCCAGCCGUGGUGGAGCUCCAUCUCCCUCGGCUCCUCCUCCUCUGUCGCUGUGUGUUUCCGGCGUCUCUGCGGGAGCAGGACAUGGAGCUGCGUCGAGGGGACUACUUUACGUGGCAGGUUACGUUGGAGGGCCGAGCCGGGGCACUGUGCGCCAUGAAGAACCUGCUGCUCCACUGCAGGAACCUGGUCACCGAUGACAUCAUCAGCCGUCUGCUCACACCAUUGGCCUGUUCUGUGGCCCUGCUUACCAAGUUGCCGGUUCUCCUCAGGUCCUACGGUUCCUCCAUCCGGACCUGGUCAGUCCUCUAUAGACUCCGAGUCUACGAGCUGCUGGUUAUGCUGCCGCCUCACAGUUACCAUGAGAGUUUCGGAUUGGUGAUGAACCAGCUGGUGUCGGACCUGUCGGGUCAGGACAACCUGAACCAGCCGUGUUCAGAGCUCACUCUGCUGCCGCCGCUCUGUCACCAUGACGACCUGCCGCCAAUCGGCCACGCCCUCCGAGACCCCGCCCACCACUACAUCGAGGAGCAGCUCCACGCCAGCAGUGUAGGCGGAGCCUCUCUGGACAAUGACCCCUUUAGUCUGUGCAACCCCGGCGACGAAGCUCCCGCUUCUCUUCCUCCUCCCAUCGCUCUGACCGCCGCGGCCGUCCAACUCUUUGGGACGCUGUUCCCUCACAUCAUCUCCGCUCAGAAAGUGAAGAUCCUGGAGCAGUUUGUGGAGACGGUGAACCAGGUCAAAGGUCAGCGACAGCAGACAGUCCAGACCCACGUGUGCGCUGCCCUCUGCAGUCUGCUCAAGGGUCUGGGUCCUCAGCUCCAGGCUGGUGUCCGUGGUCCUCUGGGUCCAGAGGACGUGCGUCCCCCCGCCCUGUCCCUCCUGUCGGGGGCGCUGGAGAGCAGUAGUCCUCUGCUGCGCUGCCUGGCGGCUGAAGGUCUGGCCCGUCUGGUCCAGGUGGUCAACGACCCCGGCUUCACCGUGUCCGUGUCCCUGCUCUGCUUUGACAGGUUGAAAACGGCGAGGGACGCAGCGUCUCGCAGCGGCUUGGCUCUGGCUCUGGGGGCACUGUACCGCUACGUGGGCGGGAUCAGCUCCCCUCAGCACCUGUCCACCUGUGUGGGCGUCCUGUUCACCCUUAGCCAGGACAGCACGUCCCCAGAGGUCCAGACCUGGUCCCUCCACAGUCUGUCUCUGGUGGUGGAUCUGUCUGGGGGUCUGUACCGGGUCCACGCAGAGCCCUCCUUCACGUUGGUGCUCCGCCUCCUGCUGUCAACUCCGCCCACUCACCCAGAGGUUCACCUGAGUCUGGGCCGCUGUCUGCAUGCGCUUACCACCUGCCUGGGUCCGGAUCUACAAGGUGACAGUGCGGCCGUUAUUCGGUCCAGUGUUCUGCUGGGUUCUGCUGUCAUGCAGGGUUCUCCAGACUGCCUGGUCCAGUCCAGAGCUGUGUCCUGUCUUCAGCAGCUCCACAUGUUCUGUCCUCCUCACGUGGACCUGUCCGGCCUCGUACCUGCACUCUGUGAGAUCUUAUUGGAUUAUUCUCUGUUGACUCACCUGUCCAGUUCUUACCUGUCUUUACGUGGUGCUGUCGUGGCCUGUUUGCGUCAGUUGGUCCAACGUGAAGCUCUGGAGGUUUCACAACUGGCUGUGACAGUGGUUAAAGAACUGAACAGAAGAGACAACACACAACUGGAUGUGACCAUAAAGGAGGUGGGUCUGGAAGGAGCCCUGUUCACUCUGCUGGACCAGGAGUCCGACCCGGGUCUGAGGAGGGAUAUCCAGGAGACGCUGGUCCACAUGAUGACGUCCAGUGCCACCACGGGGAAACUGGGACACUGGCUCAAACUGUGCAAGGAUGUCCUGUCGGCAUCCACAGACUGCCGGACCCCCAUGGAGGCCAGUCAGGAGGACGAGGAGGAGGCGGACCCCGGCCGCGACGACGACUCGUCUGUGUUCAGAGCGCGCUCAGACGGCGGCGGCCCCUUCACAGCGCUGCGUUGGGCCACGCGCCGCUUUGCCAUGGAGUGUGUGUGUCGAAUCAUCGCGCAGUGUGAGAGCGCUGACCCCGCCCACUUCGACAUGACGCUGGCCCAGGAGCGACGCCUCCACGAGUCCACGGACUUCCUGGUUCUCCAUCUGGGCGACCUGGUCCGGAUGGCAUUCAUGGCGGCCACUGACCACAGCGACCAGCUGCGCCUGGCGGGUCUGCAGACCCUACUGGUCGUCAUCAGACGGUUCUCAGACGUUCCUGAACCCGAGUUCCCCGGUCACGUGAUCCUGGAGCAGUACCAGGCCAACGUGGGCGCCGCCCUCAGACCCGCCUUCUCAGCCGACGCCCCUCCUGACGUCACAUCCAAAGCCUGUCAGGUGUGCAGCGCGUGGAUCGCCAGCGGCGUGGUCAGCGACAUCCGCGACCUGAGGCGCGUCCAUCAGCUGUUGGCGUCGUCGUUGGUCAAAGUUCAGAGUGGCAGAGACGGCAGCGUUCAGCUGUACAACGAGGCAGCUGCUACCAUGGAAACGCUGUCAGUGCUGAAGGCGUGGGCCGAGGUUUACAUCGUAGCGAUUCAGUCGAGCAGACAGAAGCAGAGCUCUGAUAGGCCGUCGGAGCUGUCUGCCUCCCCUGUGACCAACAACGGUUCGGGGGUGGAGUCUGGAGGGGCGGGGCUCCUGAAGCUGGUCCAAUCAGACCUGUCAACACUGAGUUGUCUAUGGCUGUCUGCGCUGCAGGACUACGCUCUGCUCACCCUCCCACCGGAGUACGCACCCCAGCUACCUGCAGCAGGGGGCUCCUUCUACACGGCAGAGACCGUCAACCAGUCCAGAGGUCACUACGCAUCAUCAUGGGCACCGAUCCUCCACGCCACCGCGCUGUGGCUCCACAGCACAGGGUUUGUGAUGACAGACGACACCCCCGUUAACCUGUCCAGACCGGCCACGCCCACCUCCAUGGGACACACCAGCUCUGUGGGCGGAGCCAAGAGUCCAGAGGACAUCAACACAGAGAGGCUGCAUCUGAUUCUGGGGAUCAGUGUGGAGUUCCUGUGUUCUCCACGUUCCGGGGACCAGAUGGAGAACAUCACUUCCUGUCUGCGAGCUCUGCAGGCGCUGCUCGACGUCCCGUGGCCUCGGGCCAGGAUCGGCCACGACCAGGCUCUGAGUGUGGAGCUGCUCGGCGUCCUCCACCGGCUGAUGGUCACCAGGGAGGCGGAGUCCGUCCAGCUCGCCGUGUUGGAUUUACUGCGACAGAUCGUCACAGCAGCGCAGGAGCACGUGAGGGAGAAACGCCACAGUGCAGAAGUGGAUGACGGCGCCGCAGAGAAGGAGACACUGCCGGAGUUUGGUGAGGGGCGAGACACCGGGGGUCUGAUCCCUGGGCGCUCGCUGGUGUUCGCAGCGUUGGAGCUCUGCCUCUGUGUUCUGGUCCGGAAACUUCCUCAGCUCAGCCCCAAACUGGCCGGAACCAGCCCGACCGGUCCUGGUGGGUCUGUGUGGACACUGUCGGACAGUGACUGCCGUCUGGUGUCCUCUGCUCUGUGUGUCCUCUCUGAGCUACCGUCCGUCUGCUCUCCUGAAGGCAGUGUGUCCAUCCUCCCCACCGUCCUCUACCUGCUGCUGGGUGUCCUCAGGGAGCUGGUCCACCAACCCAUGGUGACGGGCUCAGGGGGAGGAACAGGGGGCGGGGCCAGUCUGGUGGUCCAAUCGGCUCUGCAGGCACUGAAAACCGUCCUGACGUCGCCGAUGAGUCAACAGGAGAAGAGUCGUGGCGCCUGGAACCUGCUGCUGAGGUCAGCGCUGAACACGCUGCUGACGCUGUGGGAUGCCGGUGACCCCGGCGUCGCCGUGGACCAGGUCAGCCUCCUCACCGCCCUCACCAUCUUCCUGUUGUCCACCGGGCCAGACGUCUGCACCAUCAACCCUCUGCACACGCUCAGUCUGCAGCGAUUCACCGCCUGCAUGGACGCCAAAGACCCCGUGGUGGUGAGUCGAUGUUUCCAGCUCCUCGCCACCGUGUUCCAGGCUCCGCCCCCUGUUUCGGUCCCGUACAUUCAGAGUCUAGGUCCGCCGCUUGUCAGGUUCCUACAGAGGGUGGAGGGGCGUCGGCCUCAGAGUCCGGAUGAGUUGACAGGUGUCUUGGACGGGAUCCGGGCCAUGGAGGUCCUAGUCCAGGCGGCCGACGAGUCCCAGCGUCCUCAGCUCAUCACUGUGCUGCUGCCCCUCCUCAUCUCCUUCCUAUUGGAUGAAAACGCUCUUGGCUCUGCCCCCGCAGCGUCACGGUCCCUUCAUGAGGCGGCGCUGAAGGACCUGAUGCGUCUCGGACCGCAGCACUCGGCCGUGUUCAGGUCUCUGGUGUCCUCGUCUCCUCACCUGAAGUCUCGUCUUGAAGCCGCCGUCAAAGGGAACCAGGAGAGUCUGAACGCCAAAUCCGGCCCUGCCCACCCGAGCAGCCGCCAAGGCGCCGCCAAGGUGUCGCCCAGCAUCACGCUCAAAACCAACUUCCUGUGAGGCGUUCAAGGCCGGUGCUGACCACAGGACACCGUGGACACGUCCAUUGCGAUUCCUGCUGCUUUUACAGGUUUUUUCUGUGCGUUUUAGGCAAAGAAACGUAGGUUUUAAGGCAGUAACAGAACGAUCGAUGAGUUUAUCUGAUGUUAAAUCUAGAGCACAGGUGAGUUCAGGUUCCACAUUCAGACCCAUACGAUCAGAACCGGACCAGAACCAGAACCGUAAGAAACUCGAAAUAAUAAGUACUUUAUGAAACUGUGAAAAACAUGAAAUAUUAAAAAAACUGGUGAGGGGAGUGUGAUUUCAACAAUAUUAUUAUUAUUAUUAUUAUUAACAGCACAGUGGAUCUAAAAGACAGAAUAUUAAAGAAAAGGUAGAACAGUGGAACAAUUGCACACAUUCAUAUGUAAUCAGAUUGUUCGCAUUUUAUUAUUAUUAAAGGAUAGUUCGUAAAUGUAAAUAUUUACUUAAUUACAUUUUUUAAAAAAACAUUAAACCAAGAAGAUACGAUGGUGUAUUAGGUCACAUCGGAAAAAUAAAAACACUGUCACUACGACAAUAAAGUCAGAAUAUUAUCAGAAUGAAGUUGUAGUUUUAAAAAAAACCCAAAUUUAACGAAAUAAUGUCGUACUUUUAUGAGAUUAAAGCUGUAAUGUUUUUAAAAUAAAUUCUCAAUAGUGCGAUAAACAGUCCUCAUUUCUAAAUCUUACACAACAAACGAAGCACUUUCACUUCUGUUGGAGCGGACGACUAAUGCUAAUGUGUUGGUGGUGGGCAGGGCUAAUAGGCUCAGUAUUUGGUGGGCGGGGCUAGUAGGCUCAGCAUUAGGUGGGUUGGGCUAAUAGGCUCAGUAUUUGGCCAGUGGGUACAACUGUAUUCUGUAAUAUUAGGAUAUUUUUUUUACAAUACAGCUUUAUUUUAUAAAUAUUUGGACUUUAUUUCCAUUGUGACAGUGUUUUUAUUUUUUUUAUGGCCUUUAAACACUUUCUAUUUGUCCUUUUGUCCAGGUUCUUCUUCUUCUUUUCCUUUGGAUCAUUCUGCUCUGUUUGUGGAACCUGAACGUCUGGGAUCGUUCAUGUCUUCAGUGGCAUUUUUACAUUUCAUUAAUUCGUCCCGUGGACCGGAUCAGAUGAUUUGGCGGCCUGGUUUGGUCCACGGGCCGUAUUUUUGACCACAGCAGAACUGAAGGUGUUCAUCCAAACACGACGACACCAGUCGAUUAAAAACUAAAUCAUCUUCAUGGAACAAGACCUGGUGUGUUUGGAUGAAAACCUUCAGUCUGAUCAUUAGUCUG